AUGGCAAUACCAGUAGCGAUGAUUCAAGCAUCCACAAAACCGAUGACUACAGUAAAAGCAGCACUAAAAAAAGCUCAUUACCUUAAGAAUAAAAUUAUUGAAUCUAAGAAGAAGAAACCACAAAAAUUAAUUGUUAUUAAAUCAUGUAAAAAACUAUCUGAG